UAAUCUCUGACGUGUUGCUGUUUUAUUGGUGGGACGUGUUAUGAAAACAUAGUUAUGUGACGUGAAGUAUCGGUAGAUUUGUGAACUGAGUUGCCAGCUGUCGAGGCGAGCUGUGAAAUUAUGAGUUUGUCAAAAUGACUUCUUGGCAUUUAAUAAUAUGUCUUUUGUAUCUCCUCGUCUCGGACUAUGGAUGUGCUGAAAGUGGAGGCUUUGAUGAUUCCAUUUUUUACAGGAUAAAUUGGCCGGGAAACGACGAAACUGAUCUCUUGGAAAUAGGUGAUGCUGAACCCCUUUUUGUCACAUCAGCAAACAAUGAGCGAUACAAAUGCUUGUUGCCGUCAUCUCAGGAGGAAGAAAAGGACUCUGUAGAAACAUAUGAUGGGCAAAAUCCACUUGAAUUACUGUCAGCAGUGUUUCCACCGUCUGCACCGUGCUCUCAUCGGCUUGAAUCAUACUGGACUUACGAGCUGUGUCAUGGCAGAUACAUCCGUCAAUUCCAUGAAGAACGUGAAGGAAAGAGAGUGAAGCAUCAAGAAUUUUACCUAGGUCGAUGGAAUAUGGCACAGUACCACAAGUUGUUUGAUGAACUGGAAAAACAAGCUAAAGAGAAGCAACCCAUUCCAACAAAGAGAAUUGAGGGAGUCAACAUGCCGUACUUGGAAAUCAAUAUGACGGAUGGAACCAUUUGUGAUCUCAAUCAGAAGCCAAGGACGACAAGAGUUUUGUAUGUUUGUUUUGCCCAUCCGAAACAUGAAAUUACUUCUUUGAAGGAGAUUUCUACAUGUGAAUACGAAGUUAUAGUGUUGUCACCUUUGCUGUGCAAACACCCUGGUUAUAGACCACAGCGUUCUGGAGAAAACGUCAUCAAUUGUCUCCCAGUGGAAGGUUCUCCCAUCAAACCUAAAGACCUGAUGAUGCAUGAAGCUGAGAGCAUAAAAUUCAGACACCAGAAAGUUAUAGAUGAAAAGCUGCAGCAACUUUAUGCAGUUUUCUCCUUUGACAGAGAAGGACAGGAUGGAGAAACAAGAGUCCGUGUUGAAAUACAUCCAAUGGAUAUGUCAAUUGACGAACUGGAAGCACCAGCAAGCCCACAGCCUCCUGAACCACAAGUGUCUAGAGAUACGUCACCAGUAAUGAAUUUUUUGGCAGGGAAGGACUGUCUCACUGGGGGUACAGGUUGGUGGAAGUAUGAGUUUUGCUAUGGAGCAAGUGUGAAACAGUUUCACGAAGAAAAAGAUGGUACAAAAACAGUGGUCAACCUUGGAUACUUUAACAAGGAAGCACAUGUGAAUUGGUUGUACAGAAACCCCCACAAAAGACCAAAACCACUUGGCCAGCGAAAACAUAUUUCCCAUUUGUAUACUGGCGGAACAAUAUGUGACAAAACAGGUCGUGCCCGCCAAACUGAGGUAAAACUAAAAUGCUUAGAGAACAGUGCAAGUCCGGGAGCUGUUGCACUGUAUUUACUGGAGCCAAAGACCUGCGAGUAUGUGCUCGGUGUGGAGUCUCCUCUGAUCUGCAGCAUUCUUUCCGAAGUUGAUGAGAAUGGCUUAGUUGAGUUGCCUCUCGACUAUACGGGAGAUGGUGUUACUGUGUCAGCAGAAGACGACGAUGAACUGCCUGAGCCUGGUGGACCUAAGGGAGAUGAAUAACAUGUGUUUCUCCUUACUGUGAUAGAAACUGUUUGAAUUAUUGCAAUAACUGGGCAGAAUUUUCAACAAACUAGUCAUUCUUCUGUAUAAAAACUGGUUGUGUGACAUUUUUCAGUAGCUUAUAAGUCUCUGAUAUGUGUAUAAAACAAAGAAGAAAAGUAUUACAACAGAAUAUUAUAAGUCCAUGUGCAUCAUA